AUGACAGUAACAACUGGAUUGACAUGGCAUGAGAAAAAAUGUCUAUGAAGACCACUUGGAAAUGCUUCUUUGAGUCUUCUUUAUAAGUGUAGUGUUCAUACAUUUAGCAUUAACAAUAUAGUUCAGAGGUGUGGUCACCAGGGAGCUACUAUAACAGUGAUUUACCAUGAGAAAGACAUUAUUGGUGUUUUUAUGCUUCAACAUUUUCCUGAAUUGAUUGGACUUUCUGAAAAGCCAUAUACUUCCUUCUAUUUUUCAUUUCAAAAGAAUAAUAUACCUGAAAUGUCAACUUUCUUUUCAAAUACAAUACUGAAAAUUGCUGAUGAAUCCCUAGAAUUUAAAUUAUUUGGUGAUUGUAGAGUCCUUGUACACAAAAACAACAUUUUUAUAAAAUCUUCAUUACAAGAAAAAUUAGGACUUAAUUGUUCUUCCUGGUCUAACUACCUGGAAUGUGAAAUUUUUCAAGUUGAAGGAAUCAAGAAUGAUCCCGACUACAUGAGGAAGAUAACAAUAGUCAUAGAACACAGAAAUAAGCUCCUAGCAAAGCUUAGAGCCUACAAGCCCCAUGCAGACUUGGUUUCAGAAAUUCCUAUUCUCUUGCUGGGUCCAGUUGGUUCUGGAAAGUCCAGUUUUUUCAAUUCAGUGAAGUUUGUUUUCCAAGGCCAUGCAACUCACCAAACCAUAGUGGGAUCAGAUAGCACCAGCAUUUCUGAAGAAUAUAGGAUAUAUUCAUUAAACACAGAAAAAAAUGGAAAAUCUCUGCCAUUUAUGUUGUGUGAUUCAAUGGGGCUAGAUGAGGUGGAUGGCGUGGGACUGUGCAUGGAUGACAUACCUCACAUUUUAAAAGGUUAUGUGCCGGACAGAUAUCAAUUUAAUCCAUGUGAGCCAAUUACACCUAAGCAUCCUACCUUUAUUGCAUCCCCAUCACUGAAGGACAGAAUAAACUGUGUGGCUUAUGUCUUAGACAUCAACUUUAUCAACAACCUCUCCUCUAAAAUGUUGGCAAAGAUCAAACAAGUUCACAAAGAAGUACUGAACUGCG